AUGGAUCCAUCGUCUUCCUCCUCCUCCACCGAUGAACUUCCACAGUCUUCAUCAUCUCUUGAUGUGCCAACUAGUCUUACUCCACCUGCCAAAGCUAAUGAGCAUACUACAAAAUCAUCACCUUGUGCUCUUUGCAACCCACCAGACAAACAUCGAGACCCACCUGCCACUUUGUUACCUGAACAGGUCCAUACGGAUGCAACUUAUCCUUCUCCAGUUGUUUCGUCUACUACAGCCCCUGCUGACCAGGCUCCUGUUUCAUCUGAUCAUCCGGUUCCAAGUACAUAUUUGCCUAUGCCAUCACCUGAAUCUUCUGUAUCGAGUCAUCCAAUGAUUACCAGCCUCUCCCUCAGACCUCAAUCGCUCUUCUCCAAUCCACAACUCAAAACCCUAAACAGCGUCUCUUCUCUUUCUCUUCUCAACCUCCGCAGUGUUGAAUCGGUUACACAGCCAUUUUGCUUCUACAGAUUGCAAGUUGGAGCUUGCUAA